UUUGCCCUGAAACCCAGCCUCAAGAACGACAAGGAGAUAGAGAGGCGUUUAUUAACGGAGUGAAUUUUUGCAAUUCCCAGAUUAUAGUUUGGUAAUGGACUCCACCGAUUCAUCAUUGCUCGACUCGUCUAAGACGAAGAAGGUGCUGCAUUCCAGUUCGAAGCCAAAUCCUUCGCCGGAGAUUAAGUCUCCGGACCGGGAUCCAUGGAGCUCCAAGACCCCUGAGAAGCCGGUAAAUGCUCCUCGCCGGAGUCGAAACCGCAGCUCCGCGCUCUCCUUGAAACAAGUCCGACAGGCGGCGCUAAAGCUCCGAAAAUCAGAUCCACUUUUGAGCUCCGCCGCAGGGCAGAUUGGUUCCCAGCUUGAAUCUCCUCCGCCUGCAAAGCCUAAGAAGUCCGACGGUCCAGCAAAGCUGCCGGAAAAGUAUGAAAUUUUGGGUGAAUUCUUCAAUAGCUUGGAUAAUUCUAUCCGGCUGCUACUAAUUAAGGGAUCAAAGACAACAUUUACAAACAUUAGUACCAAAAUUGAGUGUUUAACUGACAGGAGGUUUUCUCACAGUCAUCUAGCUCAGUUGAAGUUUAUUUUACCCGAAGCCAUUGAGGUAACGAAGAUCCUCGUGCAUGAUGAGCGCACGAGCUGUAUGAAGCCUGAUCUUCGCAUUACGCUAAAUGCCAGCGCGGUUGGGGACAAUGGAAAGGUGAAAUCUGGGAGUGGGAAUUUGGAGUUGAGGAAAGUGUUCCGGGCUCGGCUUUUGGAUUUCUUCAAAUCCCAUCCAGAGGGAGAUGACAUUCCAGAAGAGGAAUUACCUCAUCCCUUCAAUCAAUCAAAGCCACCAUUGCCUUUUGGUUCAUCCUUGAAGGGUGGUGAGGCAAGAAAUGAAGCUGUGUAUGAGAUUGAUGGCAUCGUCGUCAACCUGUCUAAACCCCCGGCUUCAACGUCCCACCUUUCUCGUUCUUUCGGACGGAGCUUCUCCCAGCGCAGCACGCUUUGCAGGGCGGAGGACACCAAGCAAGAACGAACGGUUGCUGUCAAUCUUUCCCCCGAGAGGAAAGCUUGUAAAUCUUGUGCUGAUUCGGGCGUUGGAUGCUCGCCUAAUGCUGCUGCUGUUUCUGCUAAAGGAACACCAACUAAACUCGCAUCCACCCCAGUAAAACCGAUGAGCUCCACACCUGCUCUUCGACCUCCCAAGAGAUGUUAUAUGACCCCGGAAGACAACGAUUCAGCUAAAUCUCCAAACAAACUAGUUAGGCGCCCUUCCCGGGGCAGGCUGAUCUUUGACACUCCAGUGAAGAAUGCAGGUAGUGAGACUGAAAGACUUUCAGCUCAUGAUGAUAUAUAUGAUCUCCCCGAGGAUCUCUUGCAAUCAAUAAGAGAAAAGGAAAGGAAGGCGCUCGAGGAAAAAGAUCCUGCCAUCUCACAAGCAAAGUGGAGGAAACAAAUGCUUGCCGGACUACCAAAACUGUUUGACAUGAUUUAUUUCCUGUUUCAAUCGAUCAGACGCUCUGUCAUCACCAAGGAGGAACUUAUGUACAAGAUCAUUUCAAGCCACCUAGGAACUGUUGAUACAAGAGAAAUCGAAGAGCAACUCAGAUUACUGCAUGAACUAGCGCCAGAAUGGAUCUACGAAAAGCCAGCAUCAAGUGGCGAUCUCCUCAUAUGUGUUAACAAGAUCCCGGGCCCUGAAUCAAUACGCUCGAGACUUGCAGAUGCAAAGUGAAAGCGGGGAGGAGAGCAGUAGGAUGAAGUAACAAUUGUAGAUAAUCUUGUUUGAGGCUUAUUAGAUGGGGCUGCCAUGGAAGAAUAAGAAGAAGAAUACUGCUUUGAUGGCUUGCUGACUUAAUUUUUAAUUUUUUUUUUCAAUAUUUAUUGUAGUGAUGAGCUUAUUGUGAAGUUAACUGACAUUGACAAUAGAUCAAAAGGUUUAACUUUGUAAGUAAUUACUUGCCAGCUUUUGUAAUUUUGAAGUUUACCCAUUGGGACAAUGGGUAGCAAAUUUGCAAGUUGCAACAUUCUCAAAUAAAAUACUUUU